AUGGACUGCACGGCGGCGAUUUUGAAAGCAUGUGCCCGUUCAAGGACCGUGUGGUGUAGGCAUGAGCGGGCCUCAGCGCAACACUCUUGGAGGUUUGCGGAAAACUGCCGUUGCGGGGCAGUUGGCACCUUCAGCCAUGCAUCCUCCCUUCUGCGAAGCUUGCUGUUUUAUGUAUGCUGCUGUCUGACCCAUGAGGAAAACUCGGAUCUGUGUCAGGAUUGGGACGAUGAGCCAAUCAAUGGAGCAAGGAGAAUUAGGAGAGGAAGGCCAGCGGAAGAGGCGGGUGAAGAGGAUGAGCUAGGACCACCUCCGUCAGUCGAUGAGGCAGCUGAUGCGUUGAUGACCAGACUAGGCUUUUUAUUGGGAGAAAAGAUCAAUAAUGAAGAACCUGGCUCACCUCACCAUGCCCAGGUCGACGGACAGAGGAUCUCUCCCUCCUCCAGUCUGGAUAGCAGCAACACGUCUCCCUCAUCCACAUUACCGCCUCCUGCUGGAGUGGAAGGCAACAACAACAAACCAUCCAUCCAUGCCUCUGUCACCUCCCCAACGUCAACACUGGAGAGCAGAGAUAGCGGGAUCAUAGCUACAUUGACCAGCUAUUCAGCUGAAUCAGCAGCAGAGCGUGACGACAAUAUCAAGCAUCCCAGUGACGGUUACCAUGGCAGCAGCCUCAAACUCUGGAGGCAAGGGGGGCGGCCAGUGGUGGCGUCGACUUCCUCUUCCUGUAUGAUAGCUCCUGGAGGCUCCACCGAUGACUUCCUCUACAGGGUGGAGGACAACAAGGCUUCCACAUGCAGCCUUAACAAACUCCACCCAGAUUGGGGUCAAGACUCGAACCACUUGUCAGGAUCCACCCACUCCAUCCCACUCUACCUUAUGCCUCGCCCCAAUUCAGUUGCUGCAUCUAGUUCUGCUCAACUUGAAGGUCUGGCCUACCUGGAUGACCAGCAAAGGCUCAGCCCUUCCAGGGCGUCCCUCAGAAUGCCCAGACAGAAUUCUGGAAAAGAAAAGAGAGUUCAGUUAACUCCAUAUCUUAGCCUAAAGCCCCUUCACUUUGAAAUUCCCGGACUGUGUUCUGAUUGGAGGUUUACUGGAAGGGAGUGGCUUUUCCAGGAGGUUGACACCUGCCUUUCCAGUGAUGACCCCUCAAUCAAUCAAGGAGUGAUCAUUGUCGGAAACAUGGGUUUUGGCAAGACAGCCAUCAUUGCCCGGCUCGUGGCACUGAGUUGUCAUGGGAACCGGAUGUGGCCAACAUCUACUGGCUUCCAGACACUUCCCAAAUAUGCGGAAUCUUUCCCCCAGGAUUCACUUGGACGAGGAGGAGCAGAAGAAGGAGGUAGCUGUCCGGGGACUCCAGAGAUCAGGAGGAGACAGCAGGAGGCCGUGCUGAGGCUUGCAGGACAGGUCGUUUCCUAUCAUUUCUGUCAGGCAGAUAACUGUCAUACGUGUCUAGUGCCGGAGUUUGUCCACAACAUGGCGGCAACGUUAACCGAAGCUCCUCAGCUUUCAGCAUAUCGAGAGCUCCUGCAUCGAACACCGCAGCUUCAGAGCUCGCUCAGUCUACGAUCCUGCAUCCAAGACCCGAGCUCAGCCCUCCAGAAAGGAAUUCUAGAACCCCUAAAUGCUCUUUACCGGGAGAGGAGUUUGCAUUUGGACGGGUCGGGCCUCAUUUUGCUGAUUGAUGGGCUUAAUGAGGCGGAGUUCCAUCGACCAGACUACGGCGACACACUGACCUCGUUUUUGUCCCGAAACAUUCACAAAUUUCCCUCAUGGUUAAAGAUCAUUGCCACUGUCAGGUCCAAUCAACAGGACAUCACUCGAUCUUUACCUUUUCACCGCAUCUCCUUAGACAAAUUGGAGGAAAACAGUGCCAUAGAUCAAGAUCUGCAGGGUUACCUGAUGCAACGUAUCCAUAGCAGCCCUGAGAUUCAGAGCAACGUGUCACUAAGCAAUGGUCGUCUUGACAACACAGCACUUACCAAGCUGAUAAGCCAUUUGAAGACCCUAAGCAAAGGCUCAUACCUCUACUUGAAACUGACCCUAGACUUGAUAGAAGGCGGCUACCUGGUUCUUAAGAGUUCCAGCUUCAAGGUAGUUCCUGUAAGCCUCGCGGAGGUCUACCUGCUGCAACUUAACAUGCGAUUCCCCACACAAUCGUCUUUUCUAAGAGUUAUACAACUGCUAAAUGUGACCGUGGCUACACUGCACCCAUUGACUGACCAACAGCUUUUCGAAGUGAUAAAUGCUGGCACUCUGACUGGCGGGGCAAUGCAAUGGGCCGAGUUCACGCAGCGUUUGGAGCAGUUGUGUCCGUUCCUCCAACAGCGCAGUGAUGGUAGUAGGAUGCUAAACCACACUUCAUUCAGGGAAUGGCUGGUGUGGAGGGAUGACGGGCAGGACGACAGGUUCCUCUGUGACCCCAGAAGCGGUCACACACUGCUGGCUUUCUGGCUCUGCAGACAGGGAGGGAAGCUGAGCCGACAGCAGACCCUUGAGCUGGGACAUCACAUUUUAAAGGCUCACAUCUACAAGGGCUUGAGUAAGAAGCUUGGAAUUUCAUCUUCAAUUCUGCAGGGCCUUUGGUUGGCCUAUAGUACAGAGAGUUUGAACCAUGCGCUCUCAUCACUGCGAAACCUUUACACCCCAAACAUCAAGGUGAGCCGGUUGCUGAUCAUGAGCGGGGCUGAUGUGGAUUACCGAAGCGGUGUCCUUAAUAACGCCCCCCUGCUGUGUGUCCAUGCUCAUUUGGGCCACACUGAUGCUGUGGCUCUUUUACUUGACCAUGGAGCCCAGGUGGAUAUUCAGUCAGAAGAUGGGUUAACUGCACUGGGAUUUGCGGCUUCUGCUGGACAUUUGGAUGUUAUCACCCUGCUUAGUCAGCAUAAAGCAAAGAUUGGUCACGUUGACAGCUCAGGUCGGUGUGUUAGUGUGCACGCAGCUCAGCGAGGCCACCUCAACGUGCUCCGUUUCCUUCUGAAGAACUCGGACUGGAGCUGCAUUCCCUGCUGUGACCAGAGGGGGGUGAGCAGAAGCCAGGCUCUGCAGCAAGCACUGACUGCAGCAUCCAGCAUGGGCCACACCGAGAUUGUGUCUUAUCUGCUGGAUCCUCCAGAAGAAGACAGUAAGGAAGAAGAAAGACCUGAGAUCAACAAACCUGACAGUCUGUGGGGAGAGACAGCCUUGACAGCAGCAUCAAGUGGAGGCAGGUUGUCAGUCUGCAAGCUGUUGUUGGAUCAAGGAGCUGCUCUGGAGCAAGGCAGUAGGCGAAGUGUCUUGCCGCUGUUCUGUGCGGUCAGGCGAGGCCAUUGGCAGGUGGUGGAGUUGUUACUGAGUCACGGGGCACAGGUCAACAUGGUGGACCAGCAGGGCCGCACUGCUUUGAUGACGGCAGCCUCAGAGGGUCACAUGGCUACUGCCAAAUUGCUGUUAGAUCACGGUGCGUCUCUGGAUCAGGCUGACAGGGAAGGCCUCACAGCGCUGAGUUGGGCUUGUCUGAAAGGCCAGCUCUCAUUGGUCAUAGAGCUGGUGGCGAGAGGUGCAGCUACAACGCAUAGUGACCGCAGUGGACGCACACCAUUAGAUCUGGCUGCAUUCCGCGGUGAUCCCGAAGUGGUGAAGCACUUGGUGGAUCACGGCGCGUCUGUGGAACACGUGGAUUCCAGUGGGAUGCGACCAUUGGACCGAGCGGUCGGAUGUAGGAACACUUCAGCUGUCAUCGCUCUGCUCAAAAAGGGCGCCAAAAUAGGACCAGCAACCUGGGCCAUGGCUACAUCCAAACCAGACAUUUUAAUGGUUCUCAUCAGUAAAUUGGUCCAAGAGGGUGACAAACUGUACAAGCAAGGUAAAGUGAGGGAUGCAGCUCAUUCCUAUCAGUCUGCACUCCAGAAGUUUCCGACGGACGACCCGAAGACAUUCAAACAGUUGAGAGUGUGUGUGCUGCUCAACCUGUCACGUUGUCGCCGCAAAAUGAAUGAUUUUAGUCUUGCUGAGGAAUUUGCUAGCAGGGCUUUAGAACUAAAACCCAAAUCUUACGAGGCCUUCUACGCCAGAGCGCGCGCCAAACGCAGUCGCAGGCAGUUUCACGCAGCCCUUGAAGAUCUGCUGGAAGCCAGUCGCCUGUGUCCUUCCAACCGGGAGAUUCAGCGCCUGCUGUCUCGCGUUAAGGAAGAGUGUCGACAGCACAUACAGCAUCAAGACUCUUCCGCUCCCUCUCACCAUGAUGCAAGGGGUAGAGAUUCAGAUUACCUGCAGGUCCACGCCAAUGAGGCAUUUGCAAAGGAUGAAGAGAUCGAAGAGGACAGGAAUCAGAGGAAAGGGGACGUUACCGCUCUUAAUAUUUAUGGCCGUCCAGCAGUGCAUUUACCUUCUUCCCUUCCUCCAACUCAUAAUGUUCAUCGCCCCCAGUCCAGUCCCACACAUUCGCCCUCUUCCUCCCCCUCUCACGUGGGACCGUCCUCCUCCUAUCGUUGUGUCAGCCCGCCAACCUCGCCGCAGCAGCAUCGGCAUCCCAUCAGCCCAAUGGCAGAGCGCAAGUUGUUAACCGGUCACCUUCCAGAUCAGAACCCUCACCAUCAAGCAAGAUCUUUUCAGAACCAAAACCAGUGGCACCAACCAGUCAAAGUCCAAGUUGUUAGAACGGGCCAACCCAGCUCAGCAGUUCACUCCAGCAUGGUUUUGGGUAGUUCCGCCUACUCCCAGUUUGCACAACUGCCUCAAGAACUUGCUGAACUUGGGGAGGGAUUUCGCCCAGGUCCCUUUGAUAUGAAACCUAGCCAGCAUGCACACGCAGGACUGGGAUGUGGACCUUCGUAUCUACAAGAGAGUGCGGAUGUUGAUCUCGUUUACCAGUCGAAAGCGACACCCGGCUACGGUGCAGGGAUGAGUCGCUUUGGCCAGCCCCGUCAGUUCAGCCGUAACCAAUCUAAAGCUGCCUAUUACCCCAUGGAAGUGACUGAAAUGACAAAAGCUUCCCUAGAUGAUCAGUACCUCCACCAGGCAGGCCUACGACACCCACUUAGCGCUCACCCAAUUGCCCCUGCUCUUCCCCAGAGACCCGUCAUACACUCCCAGAGCACCAACGUUUGCCUCGCUAGCGGGCAGCAGGCUAACCGCGGCCCGAGUUUCAGGACAUCUGCCUCCGCGCAGCAUAUGGACUUACCUUCACAGGCAUUCACCGGAGACCUGAUUGGUCACUUCGAUGAUCUGGUACUCAACUCCUCCCCCCAGGUAGAGUGUGUGGUAGGAGGCGGUACAUAUCCUGGAGAGGCCGGUCGUUUGUCAAGAAACACGCCUUAUAUGGGUCUUAACGACAAAUCUGUGAGGGUGCAACAACAAUACCAGCAACAAGCGCCGCCCGCUUCCUCCUCUAGCCUCAGCCCCUCUCGAUCAUGGGCCGUGUCUUCGGUGGACACUAUCAUCACCUCGCCCGGAAAACACCCCGGCGACCAAGCCAACGAGAAGAGCCAAUCGCAGCAGGCCUUCUCUAUCGCCUAUCAUAACCGCAGCAACAACAACGGCCACUAUGACAAGCAGCUACCCUACUACGACGUGUUGCCAGGCAACAAUCCUCAGGUUGCCAGUCAGAAGCUGCCUUACGUUGACGUAAAGCUCGCACGAACACUGCCGGUUAACAGAAAGACGUGUCCAACCUCGCCUGUCAAAGCCAAAAGACCAUUUGUUGAGUCUAAUGUAUAG